AUGUCACCUGAUCAAAGCCACCCCUCACAUUUUGUGCAGGUUCUAAUUAAUUUGACAUCAGGGGCAAUGGGUGGCGUGGCAUGUGUGUUCAGUGGACAGCCCUUUGAUACAGCCAAGGUUAAGAUGCAGACUUUCCCAUCUAUGUAUCGAGGUUUCAUGGACUGCAGCGUGCGAACAUACCGCACAGAGGGAUUGCGAGGGUUGUAUCAUGGCACUGUCCCUGCUUUGUUGGCAAAUGUGUCCGAAAAUGCAGUGCUGUUUGCAUGUUAUGGAUUUUGUCAGAAUCUUGUGUGUCAUGUCCUGGGGAUGCAGGAUCCAUCACAGCUUAGAGACUACCAGAAGGCUACUGCAGGCUCUUUGGCUUCAGUCUUUUCCUCACUGGUCCUUUGUCCAACUGAACUGGUGAAGUGCCGUAUGCAAACACAGCAUGAAAUGCGAAUAUCUGGAUAUAAGGGCAUACCACAUAAGAGCACGCCAUGGUCCAUUGUUUGUCAUAUCCUGAAAACUGAAGGUGUUUGUGGCCUUUUCCGUGGACUCAGCAGCACAUGGCUGCGAGAAAUCCCAGGCUACUUCUUCUUUUUUGGUGGCUAUGAGUCGAGCAUCAGUAUUUUAAAUCGAAGUUCUAGAGAUCAACCAGGCGCAUUUGUGGUCACAGUAAGUGGCGGUGUGGGUGGGGCCUGUUUUUGGCUUUCUGUAUAUCCAGUGGACUCUGUAAAGUCAAGAAUUCAGGUUUUAUCCAUGGCAUCUCCCUCUAGAGGUUUCCUUCUCUCUUUUCUGCACAUAUUGAAGACUGAAGGAAUCGCCACUCUGUACAGUGGAUUGGUGCCCACUGUCAUCAGGGCAUUCCCCUCCAAUGCUGCUCUCUUCUUGGCCUAUGAGAUGACGAAGAGGACUCUUACAAAAUGGUCAUAUAAUCAGAACUGA